AAAACUCAAAGAAGAAGAGCUUUGUGGUGGUGGUGGUGGUGUGUAGGCAGAGACGGUUUGGGUAAAUUACCUUCUGAAUAGAUGACUUGCCACUCCGCCUCAGUCCCAUCAGCAGUAUCCUCGGUUUGUCCGCAGAUGUGGACCUCUCCUCAUCCAUGUCUGGCUCUUCCACCCCGUAGCCAAAACUUUUGGGAAACGACCCCACAACAUCGUAACUUCCCGUUAACGAGGGUUCCUCAUACAUAGACAUCCUGUACUUAACUACCCCGGCGAUCUGCUCUCUCUCUCUAUUUAUUUAACUGGCUAGCUAAAUAAUCCGUACAGGCAUUUGUUGUUGAUAGUCACAAUGAGCUAGCAUGGCGAGCUAAUUAGCUAGCAGCUGUAAGCGCGGUGUUUAUAUGUUAAAAUGCCACUUCAGACCUUCACGUAUCCACGCGGGGUUUAAGAUAAUUUACCAAGAAGUUAAACAACCAUAAUAUCGGCACAGAUUUGAUUAAUUUAAACUAAUCGGACAGGAUUACUGAAAACAAAAGAAGCUAGGUCACAAGUUAGACAUUUCCGCCCCCUUCAGUGUUAGCCACGCCCCUUGGAUCUGAUUGGCUGUUCGCUCUAAACAUAGUCACUUGACAAACGGUCCAACAACAGAAGCAGGAAGAAGAUAAACGGGUCCAGGAUGACAGCAGUCCUCCUGUGUUUGCUGCUGGCUGGUCCACUGCUGCUGGUUGCUGGCAGCCCAGUUUAUAACGCCAACAAUGAGACCGUACCACUGGUGCUGUGGCAUGGGAUGGGGGACAGCUGUUGUAACCCGCUCAGCAUGGGGGCGAUAAAGAAGAUGAUUGAGGAGGAGAUCUCUGGCAUUUACGUGCUCUCGCUGAUGAUUGGAAAGAACGUCAUUCAGGACACAGAAAAUGGGUUUUUCAUGGAUGUGAAUGAGCAGGUGUCCAUGGUUUGCGGUCAGCUGGCUCAGGACCCAAAGUUGAAGGGAGGAUACAAUGCUAUGGGCUUCUCCCAGGGGGGACAGUUUCUGAGAGCUGUGGCUCAGCGCUGUCCCUCUCCACCAAUGAAAACCUUGAUUUCCGUCGGGGGCCAGCACCAAGGAGUGUACGGGCUUCCCAGGUGUCCUGGAGAGAGCUCCCACAUCUGUGACAUGAUACGCAAAGCUCUGAACAGCGGAGCUUACACCGACCUGGUUCAAAAACACCUGGUGCAGGCCCAGUACUGGCACGACCCCUUUAAUGACGACCUGUACAAGAAGCACAGCCUCUUCCUGGCCGACAUCAAUCAGGAGAGGGCUGUAAAUGAGACGUAUAAGAAGAAUCUUCAGUUACUGGAGAAGUUUGUCAUGGUGAAGUUCCUGCAGGACACUGUAGUUGAUCCUGUCGAUACAGAGUGGUUCGGCUUCCUAAAAAUGGGCCAGGCCAAAGAGACUGAAACUCUACAGGAGAGCGUUCUUUACAAAGAGGAUCGUCUGGGCCUGGCAGCGAUGGACAAAGCCGGAAAGCUGGCUUUUCUGGCAACCAAGGGAGACCACCUGCAGUUCACCCGAGAGUGGUUCAAUGCAAACCUGCUGCCUUAUUUACACUGAAACACUUCCAGGCAGUCAUCCCAGAGUAAAUAUAAUAUCAAACUUUUGUUUUAAGAGCAAUAUAAUGCAAGUUAAGUAAAAGCUUAACCUGAGCAGGGGUUGCAGAAAGCACAUAAUUCAUUCCUUUUACACUCAUCACUUGUAGCAUGUUGAUAUUGUGAGGUUAAUUUUAGUAUCUACAUUGUGUUUUAAGUCUACUAACACUGAGUUGUUUUGAUGGUCAAUUUCUUUUUAAAUAAAUUCUAAUCAUUGAAUUGCCUCUGUACAGAAUACAUGUUUAAUCCAAUAAAGACAAACAGACAUUUUA